AUGAAUCUGCGCAGAUGGCCUUUAUGCAAAGGUGGAUGCAGAGUCACUCUAUAGAUUCAAAGGGAAUACUAAAGAAGCCACUGGUCAUGGCUGAAUUUGGGAAAUCAAGCAAAGGUCAAGGAUACAGCUUGGGUGCAAGAGAUCAGUACUUGAGCACAGUCUACCAAAGCAUGAACAACUUUGAGAGCACCGGAGGAGGGAUCAGCGGCAGCCUUGUUUGGCAACUCAUGGCUGAAGGGAUGGACUCAUAUGGGGAUGGAUAUGGUAUAAUCUUGUCACAAGAUGCCUCAACAAGGGGUGUAAUUUCCGCACAGUCACAUAAAAUGACGACUUUUCGCCAUAUGUUGCUCGGAAGAAAACAUGGAAAGUCGGUUCCUUGAAGGCCUGGCCUCAUCUCAACUAUGGUCUUCUUUUU